AUCCGCUUUUCAGCUUGCAUGCAGUUGGUAUUAAAAUGUUUCCAGCAUCACAAACUGUCAACUGCGUACAUUGUGACAAUUCUUCCAGAAAAUACACAUGUCCCUCGGAUCUUUAGUAACUAGCUAGCGAUAUAUUUUAUGACAUCGUGGCUCAGUCACGUUUGCGCAGAACUUAGCAUUUAGUGGUAACUAGCUGUACCCUUGCAACUGUUAUUGUUACUUGGAUCCAAAAGUGACAGGCAGAAAGAACGAAAGUGCGAGGGGGACUGCGAAUUAGCUGGGUUAGCUAGCUACUAGUAGGGCUGAAGCCAAGCGAGGCCUGACUGAGCGAGAGGAUCGUGUUCCCUUCCGACAGAAACACGGCGAAAUCAUGGCCAACAUCGCGGUUCAAAGGAUAAAACGGGAAUUUAAAGAGGUUCUCAAAAGCGAGGAGGUGGGCUUAUUAUUUUCAAUCGACCGUGAACGAUACGCUAAAUAUCUAGCUAGUUAGCAAGCUAACUGAGUUGGUGUCUAACACGAUUGCCUGUUGUUGAAAAUGAGUGUUUUAUUAUAUGCUAGCUAGCUACUGAGGUUACUUAGCCAGAUGUUAACAAAGGUGAAGGACAAGGCGCUAACUACCCUGUUUGCAAACGGAGGCCAAGGAAGGAACGCGUGACUGGAUUGUUCGCAACGUUGGUGAACGUUAUGCUGCUAACUUAACUAGCCUACAGGAAAUUCCCUGCCUUGAUGCUAACGUUAGCGUUUCCAGCGAAGACGAGUAGAAACCAGAUAAAGGUGGACCUAGUGGAUGAGAACUUCACAGAGCUGAAGGGGGAGAUUGCAGGGCCACCUGACACGCCGUAUGAAGGUGGCAGAUAUCAACUAGAAAUUAAAAUUCCAGAAACAUAUCCCUUCAAUCCACCAAAGGUGCGAUUUAUCACAAAGAUCUGGCAUCCCAACAUCAGCUCAGUCACAGGUGCUAUAUGUCUGGACAUCCUCAAAGACCAGUGGGCGGCAGCUAUGACGCUGAGGACAGUGCUGUUGUCACUACAGGCCUUACUGGCAGCUGCAGAGCCAGAUGACCCACAGGACGCUGUGGUGGCCAAUCAGUAUAAGCAGAACCCAGAGAUGUUCAAACAGACGGCCAGACUCUGGUCUCAUGUGUAUGCUGGCGCCCCCUCCUCCAGCCCAGAGUACACACGCAAAAUAGACAAACUCUGUGCCAUGGGCUUUGACAAAAAUGCAGUAAUAGUGGCGUUGUCGUCGAAAUCCUGGGAUGUGGAGACCGCAACAGAGCUACUGCUCAGUAACUGAGUCUCAAUGCCCCCCCAUCUGACCCCUCUCCUUCAGUCUCCCUCCAUCUGAAGCCCUUUUCUCUGCUGUCCCUCUGGCCCCUCACCCCUCUUAUCUACCUGUUGGUAACCCCCUUUCAACCUCCUGGCAUUUCUCCCAUUGUCAACAUCUCUGUACCACUCUCCUCCAUCUUCCUUGCCAUCUUCAUGUUGGCACUGUUCCCUGCCAUCAUUUCACAUACCUCAAUCAAAUGACUCCUUCCCUUAGGCCAUGUGCCAUUCCUCUCCCUCUCUACUCAUGCUAUUCAUGACCAUUACCAUCCCAACUCCUUCAGUCGCUGGCUUUGUCUCAACAUUCUCCACCGGCGUCCUAUGACGUAUACAAUCCUUUUACAUCAGUUAUGACCUUGAAGAAAGUAAGCUGAGAAAUCUCCACCAUUUUGGCACUUACCACAUCACUGAUGUUUCCUAGCACUUGCAGUAUCCACAUGAUGUGUCAACUGGCUCAGUCUUACCAUCCUAAACUCUCCAUCCCAUCAGCAGGGAGCCCCACCCCUCUCAACCCUGUCAUGACUAUCAUCAUCACUCUUUCUUCUUCCCCCUUUUUUUAUCUGGUUCUGGCCUCCUACAGGAAGACGAUUAGAUUCCCGUUUUUAAAAAGAGAAAGAAAACAGAAACGCUCAGCGCACUGUUUACCGAUAACGCUACUCAAGCAAAUUUAAGACUGGGAGUUUAAAAAAUAUUAAGUGGUUUGAAAGAUAUCGCUUCCACUGAACAACGCCAACAGAGGUUUAAAAAAAACAACCAAAAAAAACCUGUCAAAAGAAUUCAUCUGUAAAUAAAGCUAUUAAAGUCUGUGUAAAUUAA